UCUUCACCACCAUGGACGCGCCGCUGCCUCGCAACCUUAGCAGUCGGUGAGGGGACCAUCCCGUAGCCCCAAGAAGAUUGUAUUCACCGAGCUGGACCCCGUAUCUCCGCAAUAGCCGCCAUGUCUGCGUCCUCACGCCCCGACGCGGCACGCCGCACCUCGACCAUGAACAAGCGCACCUCGAUCCUCCCCAAGCACACGGCGCUCUUCAUCGACCCUUCCGCCCUCGUCGCCCAACACGCCGGCUUCACCGGCACGCAGCCCAUCACCGUCGGCCCGAACGCUGUCCUCCACCCUCACGCAAAAGUCAGCAGCGCGCUUGCGCCCGUAGUCAUUGGGGAGAACGUGGUGCUAUGGGAGCGGGCAAAGAUAGGCGUUGGUAUGGGAGACAGCAUGGACGAGAGUAAGAGGAAUAGUGUGGCUAGUAUGGCGUCAAGGACUAGUGUGCGCGAUUCUUCGCGCGGAGAAGGCACCGUGUUGGGACGCAAUGUCACGGUCGAGGCGACGGCUGUCGUGGAGGCGGCGGAGGUGGGGGAAGGCAGCGUAAUUGAGGUUGGGGCGUAUGUGGGGAAGGGUUGUGUCAUUGGGAAGUUCUGCACGAUUGUCGCACAUUGCGUUCUACCAGCCAACACACACAUCCCUGACUACAUGGUGGUACACAGCGCGACCGAGUAUAGGCAGAACAGGACGUUGCUGCUGAGGCCAGAGGUCUUGGAGAUGCGCACCAACUUCCACACCACGCAGAUUUCCACAUUUAAGAAACUGGUGCCGAACCAGGUUGCGAAGUGGGCCUCGUAAUGCAUGAAAGGGAAGGGACAAGCAAUCAAACCCAUGCCUUAUCUCAGUGAGGUGCAGAUGACAGUACCAGAGCUGUGUAGCAGGAGGAGUUCUCCAAGGUUUGAGGUCUUUUCCUGACGUCGAGUCUCGCUGACAUGCCCGCAGUAGUUGAUGAUACCC